GAUUUAAUGGAUGCAGCUGGUGUGGCGCUUGUUCUAAUUGCACCUGGUACUGUUGAUCAAGCGAUUGCUUUUUCUGAGCAAACCCAGUUUAAAGGAGAAGUUUAUGCAGAUCCGACCCACUCAUCGUUUGAUGCUCUCAAUUUCGCUUAUGGAGUAUCAACAACCUUUACUCCCAAGGCUGGUAUGAAAAUCAUCGAGUCUUAUCUCGAAGGAUAUAGGCAAGAUUGGGGGCUUUCGUUUAAAGAGAACACGAGGAGCAAAGGUGGUUGGCAACAGGGAGGCAUUUUAGUUGCAGGCCCUGGAACCAGCAAUAUCUCUUACCUGCACAAGGACAAAGAAGCUGGUGAUGAUCCUAAUAUAGAAGAUGUUUUGCAAGCAUGCUGUUCAUGAUGAUAUAUAUGUGCCGCAUUCCUUAUCCAAUUGGUAGGCAGGGUCACUGUAAGUCCCCUCUGGCAAGGGUUCGAUUACUACUGUAGUGUUUGAGGGGUCGAAUUAUAGGCACAUGACGCGGGCUCUUAUCAUGGGGCCGGAUUGCUCAUGAGAAAUCGA